AUGCUGGAGGCUCUGUUCGGCACAGCGGAGCCGGACUCAGCCCGCCACCGUCGAGGCGUUUCGUUCGAGGACGAGCCGCAUGCUUCGACGUGGGGAGUUUGGGGUGAUGUGGGGCACCUGCUGGGGGGUCCUUCGCGCGACGUCCCAGCAAGCGAGACGCCACAGGCGGUGGCACCGCGGACUCCGCGGACAUCCUCAGCCAGUCCAAAUGAUGCUCGCAGAGCGCAGUCCCCCAACGGUUCAGACUCACCCGUCACCGUGCUAGCAGAGGAUGCCGCCCUCUCUCCUGGAAGUGGGAAGGGGAAUUGGUUUCCUUUCAGCCGAAGUCAAGCAGGCCAAGCAGGCCAAGCAGGCCAAGCAGGCCAAGGCCAAGCACCAGCAACAGCAAGGCAAGCACCCCUCCUUCUACCAACAGACGGACCGGAGAUGGCUGUACAUCGUGCCCUAGAUCAACUCAAUGCAGCCCUAACGGCAUGGGAAGGUGCUGUGAAGUCCAGGACAAGCUUCACCGGAGACUUUCGAGGUGACAGCAAAGCUUGCAGACGGGAGGAGCAGGCCGUGGAGAUCGCUUCCGCCGCCUUGGAGGAUGUUCGAGCAAGUCUCGCGCAAGAGGGCAUGAUGAAGAAGAUGCUCGGCAGUCGAGAUUUGGAGCAAGGCGCCCUGCGGGGGCAGGAGGUCCUCCGGGCCUUGGCCGGUUACAGCCCCUGGGCAGACCAGGUCAAGGUCCAAGAGCUGCUCUUCCGGCGCUUGGAUUUCCUACUGAACGAAGCCCUUGAUCCCAGUCGCAGCCGCUUUCCCAUUGCCAAGCAGUUCCUGCAGCUCUUGGCAGACCGGAGGCGCUGGCCGCAGGCUGAAGCCCUGGCUCUUCAGUGGCCCGAUGUCCUGGAGCGCACCCUGGGAUGCAAUGGGGCGGAGGACUGGAAGAUGCGCGCAGAGCAGCUGCUCAGGAGCAGAGCCGAGCGCCAGAAGUUGAAGAGCCUCGCUGACGACUCUGGUGGGCUCUGUGAUCUCUGUUUUCCUUGGGAAGGAAAGGAUGGUAGACUUGGGCGGCAUGGGCAGGUACAGGGUGAAGCUUCGGGCCAGUUUACCUUCACCCGAAUCAGGGCAUACAACCUGCGCAGUGCCGACAUCCUGGACGAGUCCGAUCCUUUCGUGAGGUUCGAGCUAGGAAGCCUUGCACAAGCACAUACCAGCGUCGUAUGGAACAACGAGAAGAACCCUGAGUGGAAGGAUCCCAAAACUGGCCUCUGGGAAGAAGUCGUCCUCCAAGUGACGCAGGCAUCCCUGGCCCGCUUUCCGCAACUUCAAAUCUCUGUUUGGGACAAGGAUACCUUCACUCACAAUGACAGCCUCGGCAGUCAGACCCUGUCUCUAGCGGACCUGUUGCAGAAACAUGGCGGAUACACCUCUGUGGCCUCUGCUUUUGCGAACCAGGUGACUUGCAGCACUGGCAGUUUGGUAUUGCAGGGCCCUGGUGCAGGGGAUCGUGGCCCUUCCAUCGAGUUCGAAGUCACGUGGACUCCGGGGUACGGGAGUGGCGCCUCACAGGACCCCUUACUUCUUCCGCCCGAGAAGGAUGAAGCCUUGCAGCUUGUUGCAGAAAUGGAGCUGGAACUGCCCAGGUUCCUGAAGCAGUUUGGUCCAAACUCAGCUGACAGCCUGGGCUUUUUUCUACAGCCGCAGGACUCUAACACGGAUGCCUGGCCGGCUCGAGGUGUGCCAAAGAAGUGCAGCAACUCGGAGGAGCAGCGCGUGAAGGACUACAAUGAGCUGCUGAACAAGAUCAAGAACCGCCUGCAGCACCAUCAUGUGGAUUUCCAUGAGAUCAACAACCUCGUGCAGGAGAUUCAGGCGGUGGAGACGCGAGCAGGGAACGGCUCGGGACGGCGCAUCUUUGCGUUCCAAGACGAAGAUUUACCCAUCAUUGGGGAGUGGAGCACUGACAGACGCCGGCAGCUGCGUAACCAGCUGUUCCUAGCAAAGUUGGAUGCUGGAAUGGUUUCUGUUGAAAGAGGCUGGAACUCUUACCUCCUACACGCAUUUGUCUUGCUUGCAGUGUUCUUCGCAUUGUUCAGCUUGUUGUUCUUAGCAUUCCUGCGCGAUGAAGACGGUCGCGGGUGGAUUGCAAUUCUACUAAGCCUUGCUGGCUUCAUGUCUGUAGCCGUGGCGAUCACUGUCUCACUUCCAAAAUGGAAGCCUUACUUUGACAAGCCCCGCACUGGUGCGAAUAGUUACCAGUCUGUAGCAGCACAAGCCUGA